UAAACUGGAAAAUGGCUCAGUCGAAGAGUGAUGCUAGGUUAUCGCUGGAAAUCCGGACAAAAUCUGUGGAGCAGACUCUCAUUCCACUGGUCACACAGAUAACCACAUUGGUAAACCACAAGGAUCGUCCGAAGGUCACGGAUAAGACUGCAAAGGCACUGAUCCGUGUCGGACAGGCUGUGAGUUUGGCUGUUGACCGUUUUGUAAUAGUUGGUCAGUCCAUCGCUGAUGACAAUGACGACAUCAGACAAGAUAUGUGUGAAGCCUGUGAGGAGGCAAGAUCUGCAGGUGUUAGUAUCCAGAAAUUGACCUCUGUUGACCGAACUUCCAACUACUCAACUCCGAAAACCUUCACCGAAAAGACGGCAAUGGUGAGGGCAGCGCGUCAGCUUUUGUCAGCCGUCACCCGUGUCCUACUACUGGCUGACAAGGUCAUCGUCAAACAGCUGCUUCUUUCCAAGGACAAGGUACUCUCUAGUCUAAAUGAGUUGGACACUGUGACGACCUUCACCGACUUUGUCAACUGCUUCAGUCGCUUUGGUAAUGAAAUGGUGGAGCUGGCUCAUCUGACCGGGGAUAGACAAAAUGAUUUGAAGGGAGAGAAGCAGCGUGCUCAGAUGGGAGCGGCCCGGGCUAUCCUAGAGAAAUCCACUAUGAUGCUGUUGCCUUCCUGUAAAACUUGUCUUCGCCAUCCUGACUGUGAUACCGCGCGACUCAAUAGAGAAGGUGUGUUUGUCCAGAUGAGACGUGCCCUGGACAUGAUCCACUACAUAGUAACAGAAGGCGGCACCGGCCAGGUGAAUGGUCAUCCGUGCUCGCUGAAUAACGGAGAUUCCGGUAUAUGUCUCGAUAACGCUCAUCACUCCACCAGUCGUUCAAUCAGGGAGUUUGAGGACCUAGUGGAGAUGACUCGGGUGACUGGCCUGACCAGCUCCAGCUCUCCGGAUAAACUGACCAGUGCCUUGGACGUGGUGGUGGAAACCGCUCAGGACUUCACUGAUUCGGCCUACACACCACACGAGAACCGAGAGAAAAUCAUUGACACACUUAACUGUAUGAGAGCUGAACUCCAAAUCCUCAUCAAUGCUGGCCUAAACCAGAGGGACCUGAACGUGAGCCUUGACAUGGAGACAGCCAUUCUGAAGACGGUGUCAGUAUCCAAACGUUUAAACAAACUGCUCCAAGAUACUGCAAUGGAACAGGCCUCGGAUCUGUUCAAGACAAAUGAGGAUCAUGAGCUUUUGAAAUGUCUCAAGGGUGCAGGGAUCGCUGGGGAGGCUGAACGAGUAGAGGAGCUCACUGUCAAGUUUGAGGAGCAUAUGGAACAACUUGAGGAG